AUGACUACCUGUACCUACUACCUAGUGCUGUCGCUGGCGGGCCCGAUGCACUACCGUACUGCACGAGGUCGGUCGAGUAUCGGAUACGACUACUACUACUACUACUACUACUACUACUACUACUACUACUACUACUACUACUACUACUACUACUACUACAUAGUCGGAGUAAUUGCAGUGCCUCCUGUCCUUCUACUACGCUCAGUAGUAGUAUUUACUAUUUAG